UCGGGCGGCUGCGGCCAUGACGCAGGGUCCGGGCGGGCGCGCGCCCCCCGCGCCCCCUGCACCCCCCGAGCCCGAAGCGCCCACCACCUUCUGCGCGCUGCUGCCGCGCAUGCCGCAGUGGAAGUUCGCCGCCCCUGCCGGGUUCCUGGGCCGCGGCCCCGCAGCGGCGCGUGCAGCGGGGAGCGCGGGGUCCACUGAGCCCGAGCCUGAGCCCGAGCCGGCCGACUCGGCCGGCGUCCCGGCGCUGGCAGCCGCGGUCCUGGGCGCUUGCGAUCCGCGCUGCGCGGCGCCCUGCCCCCUGCCUGCUCUCAGCCGCUGCCGGGCCGCCGGUACUCGGGGGCCACGGGGCGCGCGGGGAGUGGCCGGGCCCCCGGACGCCGCCGCGGACGAGUGGAUCCGCAAGGGCAGCUUCAUCCACAAGCCGGCGCACGGCUGGCUACACCCAGACGCCAGGGUCUUGGGGCCCGGGGUCUCCUACAUCGUUCGGUACAUGGGCUGUAUCGAAGUCCUCCGCUCCAUGCGCUCCCUGGACUUCAGCACUCGCACCCAGGUCACCAGGGAAGCCAUCAACCGGCUCCAUGAGGCCGUGCCUGGAGUCCGGGGCUCCUGGAAGAAGAAGGCCCCCAACAAAGCGCUGGCCUCCAUCCUGGGCAAGAGCAACCUGCGCUUCGCGGGAAUGAGCAUUGCGGUCAGCAUCUCCAUUGAUGGCCUCAACCUCUCCGUGCCGGCCACACGCCAGAUCAUCGCCAACCACCACAUGCAGUCCAUCUCCUUCGCGUCAGGUGGUGAUACGGACAUGGCGGACUACGUGGCCUAUGUGGCCAAGGACCCCAUCAACCAGAGAGCCUGCCACAUUCUGGAGUGCUGCGAGGGCCUCGCCCAGAGCGUCAUCAGCACCGUGGGCCAAGCCUUCGAGCUGCGCUUCAAACAGUACCUGCACAGCCCCCCCAAGGUGGUCGUCCCCCCGGAAAGGCUGACGGGGCUGGAGGACUCGGCCUGGGGGGACGAGGAGGAGACCGAACACAACUACUACAACAGCGUCCCUGGGAAGGAGCCACCCCUGGGCGGGCUGCUGGACUCCAGGCUGGCCCUCACACAGCCCUGUGCUCCGGGGGCCCUCAGCCAGGGAGCGUCUCCUGCUCGAAGAGACACCCGUGGCCUACAGUGGGACAUGGGGCCCUCAGUCCCAGCCCCGCCCGGGGACGGCUACGUGCAGGCGGAUGCCCGUGGCCCCCGAGACUACGAGGACCACCUGUAUGUCAACACUCAGGGUCUGGAUGGCCCCGAGGGCCUGCAGGCCGAGGACAGCCCCAAGAAGGACCUGUUCGAUAUGCGACCCUUCGAGGAUGCCCUGAGGCUGCACGAAUGCUCCAUGGCUGCAGGUACCGCAGCAGCGCCCCUUCCGGUGGAAGACCAGUGGCCCAGCCCCCCUACGCGCCGGGCCCCCAUUGCCCCCACGGAGGAGCAGCUGCGGCAGGAGCCCUGGUACCACGGCCAAAUGAGCCGGCGGGCGGCGGAGAAAUUGCUUCGAGCCGAUGGGGAUUUCCUCGUCCGCGACAGCGUCACUAACCCCGGACAGUAUGUCCUCACCGGCAUGCACGCUGGGCAGCCCAAGCACCUGCUGCUUGUGGACCCUGAGGGCGUGGUGCGGACAAAGGACGUGCUGUUUGAGAGUAUCAGUCACCUGAUCGACUAUCACCUGCAGAAUGGGCAGCCCAUUGUGGCCGCCGAGAGUGAGCUGCACCUGCGGGGUGUGGUCAAGCGGGAGCCCUGAGCCAGGUGAUGUUUCUCAGCCCAGGGCUCCCGCCCCUGCUCCCUGGAUGCCCCUGUCAUGGCCUUAGGGGCCACUCAGCCUUUCUCUGGACCCUGGUUGGGCUGGAACCGCCUCUGUCUCUCCUUGUUCCACAUAGGUCUCUGGAAUCUUCCUUCUCCAGCUGGCCCUGGGCUGGGCUGGGUCAAUCGGCCAGGAGAUGGGGCCCAGGACCCCUUUCUUGCCCCCGAGCCCCUGCCCACCUCCACCCUUCACCUGGAGUGAGGGUGUACAUACCAAAGACAGAAACUUUUCUCGCCUUUAAAGAAAAUAUAUCCAAAAGCAGCCGUCUGUCUCAGAGCCCUGGCCAAGGCCCCCGAUGGCACAAGGAGGCACUGUUGCUCUUCCCGGCUGGACUUCAGCAUGAAGACAGAGUCCUGUCCUGGCCAGGCUCAGUUUUUCCUCCUGAAAGAUUCACGCACAGUUGUCUUUUGGGGGGGAGAAUGAGGUGCUUUGGGUCCUCAGGCUGGGGCAAAUGCUGAUGUUGAAGGGGGCAGCCCUGGGGUUCACCUGGAAUGAUGGGGAGUAUCCAGGCAGCUCCACGACAGCUGACCCAGGCGGGCUGAAGCCCCUGUUCUCCCAGCUGUCAGCCUGGACUGGACAUUUGGAAUCUGUUUGUAAUUAAACCUGGGAAUGACCGUG